CGUUUCCGGGGUGACGCACGCCCCGCCACAUCACAACGAGAGCGCCUCCUCCUCUCGCUUAAAUUCACCUUUGGGCGCUCCACUCGGCCUCCACUUUGAGUGAUUCCACGUCACAUCGGUCCUCCUGUCAAGAUGGCUCAGCAAUUUCCAUCCCUCUCUCCGGAGCAGAAGAAGGAGCUCUCGGAAAUCGCCCAGAGGAUUGUGGCCCCGGGAAAAGGAAUCCUGGCCGCAGAUGAGUCAACCGGCACCAUGGGAAAGCGUCUCCAGAAGAUCAAUGUGGAGAACAACGAGGAAAACCGUCGCUGCUUCCGCGACCUCCUCUUCACAUCCGCUGACCCCGUGCCUAACGCCAUAGGAGGGGUCAUCCUGUUCCACGAGACGCUCUACCAGAAGUCAGAUAACGGAAAGCCCUUCCCCCAAGUCAUCAAAGAAAGGGGCAUUGUUGUGGGCAUCAAGGUGGACAAAGGCACAGCUGGUCUGAAUGGAACCGAUGGAGAGACAACCACACAAGGUCUUGAUGGCCUCUCAGAGCGCUGUGCCCAGUACAAGAAGGACGGCUGUGACUUUGCCAAGUGGAGAUGUGUGCUCAAGAUCUCAGACAGCUGCCCCACACCUCUUGCCAUUGCCGAGAAUGCCAACGUGUUGGCUAGAUAUGCCAGCAUCUGUCAACAGAAUGGACUGGUGCCUAUCGUGGAGCCUGAGAUUCUUCCCGAUGGAACCCAUGACCUGCAGAGAUGCCAGUAUGUCACAGAAAAGGUUCUGGCUGCUGUGUACAAGGCUCUGUCUGAUCAUCACGUCUACCUGGAGGGAACACUGCUGAAGCCCAACAUGGUCACUGCUGGACACUCCUGCACCAAGAGGUUCACACCUCAGGAGGUCGCCAUGGCUACCGUGACUGCUCUGAGGCGCACCGUGCCAGCCGCUGUGCCAGGCAUCUGCUUCCUGUCUGGGGGCCAGAGUGAGGAAGAGGCCUCGCUCAACUUGAACGCCAUCAACCAAGUGCCGCUCAAUCGCCCCUGGAGGCUCACCUUCUCAUAUGGCCGUGCGCUGCAGGCGUCCACUCUUGCAGCCUGGCAGGGCAAAGCUGCCAACAAAGCCGCUGCACAAGAAGUUUUCUGCAAAAGGGCCAUGAUCAACGGCCUGGCUGCUAAAGGAGAGUACAAGGCCACAGGCUCGGCCGACCAGGCCUCCAUGCAGUCUCUGUACACCACCAACUACGUCUAUUAAAUGCUCUGACCUCAAGUGAUGACGCACUUGGACCAAAUAUGGACGACCUGAAAACACCUCUGAAGGAUGGACGUCAUCGAGGGGAGAGAUUGUCUUAUUACAUUGACUGCUGUUUGCCUUCUUAAAGAAAUAAAUUAAGUGACCAAAUGA